AAGAUUAUAAAAAAUUAUAUAGCACAACCACAACUCAUGAACAAAUAUAUCCAAAAUUGGUAGCUAUUACCAAAAAAAUAGUUAACAAGCUUAAUCAAGACCAAAUGAAUUACUAUGUUAAGAAGACACAAUUAAAUCGAAUACCUUACUUUGAUAAAUAUAGGAUCAUAGAAUUUCUAAAAAAAGAGUAUUUUGAUCAUUGCAAAGAAUAUUUAAAAAAGUUAAAUAAGUUGAAAUGUGAUAACCAAUCAGAGUUCUAA